AUGGCGAGGUCCAGGUUCUCGAGGAGGUGCUGGACGAGGCUCGCGAGAAGCACCCCGAGUAUGGGAUCAGGCGACGGGCUCGGCCAGAAGAGGAUCUCGCUGCUGCUGCUGCUGCAGCUCGUUGCUUCCUGCUGCAGGUUUGCUGUUGUUGGUUUCGCUGGUGCCGCCGGUGCUGAUGCUCCCUUUCGCAUGCCAAGUAUGGAGCACACUGUUCGCAAAUGGGGCCCUGUCACCCUGCGCUCUGCACGUGGCGUUUGCACUGGCCAGCGGCUGGCCUCCUUUGCCUGCGGGGCUGCGGCGUUGGCUUAA